AUGGCCCCGCCUGCCAAACGAAGAAGGCGCAACGUCGUCGAUUCUGACGAUUCCGACGACGCACAGCCAAAGACGAAUACUCUCACCAACUUCCUCCUCUCGUCGCCCUCGAAACCCGACAGCCGGGCCACUACCGCCUCCCCGAGCCCUACGAAGCCGAAACCCCGCCCCGCAUACAGCGGUCGAGCUGCCCCGGCCCCGGCCGUCUUCCAGUCGCGCAAUGGGCAGUCGAACAAGGGCACAAAGAGCCCGAGCACGAGUCCGGAGAAGCCGAAGGGGAAGCUGCAGAAGCGCGCCAAGGUGGAAGAGAAAGGCCGGAAUGGCGACCUCAUGACGCUCUUCUCCAAACAGGCGUCAAAGACCAGCGCGAAACCCGCCGCUCCCUCGAGGACACUGCCCCUCGACGACAUAGUCAGCGACCCCAUCUCCGAGGACGACGACGUCGCGGAGCAGAAAGCCAGCACGUCGAGCAUCGUAGGCCAAAAUGCACGCAAAAGAUUCCAGGACAACACGCCGGCCUCUUCGUCGACAACGGUCGGUUCGAGCCAGAAGUUCCUCAAGCCCCCACGUCCGACGAAGCCGGCGGCCCUUGACGACGAUUUGCGGCCAUGGUCGGAACGCUUCGGCCCUGUCAACCUGGACGAAUUGGCCGUACACAAGAGAAAGGUCUCGGAUGUGAGGAAGUGGCUGGAGGAUGUCGUUGCCGGGCGACUGCGCCAACGCCUGCUCCUUCUCAAGGGCGCUGCAGGCUCAGGAAAGACCACCGCCAUGAGGCUGUUGGCGAAGGACAUGGGGUACGAGCUGCUGGAGUGGAGGAACCCAACGAACACUCUCGGCGCGCAUCUUGGGUACACGUCGGCCUCUGCCCAGUUCCAGGAGUUUCUGAGCAGAGGCGGAAAGUUUGGGCAGUUGGACACGGACACGCCAACCGAGGCACCCCGUCCAGCCAGCGAGAAGCCCGACUCGGCGGGGAAGAUCAUUCUCAUCGAGGAGUUCCCCAACACCUUUUCUAGGUCAUCGACGGCCCUAACCUCCUUCCGGAACACGCUCGUGGAAUAUCUGGCGACGAACACGCCUUCGUUGACGACAAGUUUUGGGCGACGGUCCGCUAGUGAACCCAUCACCCCUGUCGUGCUGGUCAUCUCGGAAACGCUGUUGACCACGACAUCGGCGUCGGCAGACAGCUUCACCGCCCACCGACUGCUGGGCCCGGAGAUCUUGCGACACCCCGGCACCCGUAUAAUCGAGUUCAACGCCAUUGCGCCCACCCUGCUCGCGAAAGCCCUGGAACUGGUCGUGCUGAAAGAGGCACGCAAGUCUGGCAGGAAGCGCACGCCGGGUCCGCAGGUGCUAAAACGUCUGGGCGAGAUUGGGGACAUCCGCAGCGCGAUAUCAUCUUUGGAGUUUAUGUGCUUGAAAGGCGACCAAGACGCCGACUGGGGGGCCAAGGUCGCCUUGUCGAAGCAGUCAAAGGGCGCCAAGGCGGGCAUCCCCCUCACCAAGGGGGAAGCAGAUACUUUGGAGCUGAUAUCCCAACGAGAGGCCAGCCUGGGCAUCUUUCACGCCGUCGGGAAAGUGGUUUACAACAAGAGGGAGGACAUCCCCUCGGCAUCGAACGCGGCUGAGCGCUUGCCUAGCUACAUCGCGCACCAUUCCCGGCCGAAGCCUUCGGAGGUCUCGGUCGACGCUCUGAUGGACGAGACCGGCACAGAUACGCCGACCUUCAUCUCGGCGCUUCACGAAAACUACAUGUUCUCUUGCGAGACCGUGCCGCCUUUCGACGCAUCGACACCCCUGGACUACAUCAACGGUUGUAUAGAGUACCUCUCGGAGAGCGACCUGCUCCUCCCAUCCUGGGAUAGUUUUUUUGGCGGCAGAGGCUCAUCUGCUAGCUUCGGCAAGGACUCGGGCAGCCAUGUGCUUCGACAGGACGAGAUCGCCUUCCAGGUUGCCGUUCGCGGCAUGCUGUUUUCUCUACCAUCCCCCGUCAAGCGUAAAGCGUCCACUGGCGCGAAGGGCGCUGACGCAUUCAAGAUGUUCUACCCGACGAGCAUCAAGCUUUGGCGGGCGAAGGAGGGGUUUGAAGCUCUUGUGGACGUCUGGUCGACGAAGCUCAUGAAAGGGGAGGAGACAGCGCCGCGGAAAAGUCUCACCGAGGGAGCCAGCGCGUUCCGUCGACCGAGGCAAACGGACGCGGGCAACUGGAUGGCCAACCGCCAGUCCAAGGCCAAGCCGGCCGACGAGAACGCCAAGACGGACGUCAACGCUGCGCCGCUACUCUCUCUGGGUAGCUCGGCCCGGAGGGAGAUGCUGCUUGAACGCCUGCCGUACAUGGCUUCCAUCGUCCGCGGGCGCAAGUCGACGUUGCACUCUUUCAAGCUCAAGGACAUUGAGAAGGUGGUCUCGUUCCAGGGCAUCGGUCCGCAAACGGGCGACGAUGAUGAGACUGAAGACGCGGAGGAGGACGGGGUCAUGACGGGCGACGCGUGGGCCACGGACAAGCCGUCGGAAGAGGCCUCGCCGCGGAAGAAGAGCGCGGCGAUCCGGCAUACCGGGGACGGGUCGGUGGCUGGCUUGCGGGUGCAGAGCCUGGUAAUCAGCGACGACGAUAUCGAGGAUGAUUAG